GUUAUUAAAUAAUAAAUAUUUGAAUAAGCACUACAAACAACUGACAUAAUUAAGUCGACAGCAAAACUGUUGUUAUUCACAAUUUCUCGCGUGACGUUAAAAAUGGCGCUCCCCUUGAAAGAACUUGCUUCACUUUUAAGUGUGCUAUCUGAAGAUGCCACACAGACUCAAACAUUUGAAGCAUUAUCCACCAGUUUUCACCAUUAUUUUACAAAACAAGACCAUUUCAAAGUUGGAUCAGCAAUAGUGUUAUUGUUACAGAACCGUGAUUUAUUGCCCCACCCCACUCAGAAACUAGCUGCAAUUUAUCUCUUGUAUGAUAUGUAUAAAACAGACAAUGUUUCAGUUAAUCCAUUUGCACCUGUAUUUAUUCAUCUUUUGAAUCCACCAAGUGAUAAACCUGAUGCUGGGCAGUAUGAUCUACACUGGGCAAUACCAGCCAUUUCUCCACCUGAACGCAUAUUUUUAUCACAACUUAUUACUAGUCCUACCAAAGAUAUGUUCAAGAAAACCUGUACACAGAUAUUACAGAUGGAUGUUAAUUCACAACCAUGUGAUAUCAGUGGUCUACAGGUGAAUCUAGUAGAAAAACAAUCAGAGUUAUCUCACUUUUCUAAAGCUGCCAUGCCAUGUGUUAUACCAGAUCCUGAUAAUAAACCAUCCAGUUUUGAACAGUUUAAUAAACCAGGAAUGAUUAAUCCCGAUGUUCAGAGACAGACUAUCGAGAAAUUACUGACUGGUCCAAAUCCUCCUGUCGAAAACUCUAUGAGACCAGAAUUUAUACGACUAGCACCACCUUUACAUAUUGCAGAAGAUGAAUUGGUGUGGAUGAACCCUACUGUAGGAGACUAUGACAUAUUGUGGGAUACAACAAUGGGUAUAACAAGUUCUACAGGCUCAAAGGUUAGAAGAAUGAUGGUAGAAGCUUUCCGUACCCAGUUACAGCCAUCAACACAACGGGUUAUACUGGCUGAACUUGAAAAAGAUCCUAAAUUAGUUUAUCAGAUUGGAUUAACACCUACAAAGUUACCUGAUUUAGUAGAAAAGAAUCCUUUGAUUGCAAUAGAAGCUCUGUUAAAACUCAUGUUAUCUAAUCAAAUUACAGAGUAUUUCUCGGUGUUAGUUAAUAUGGAGAUGUCUCUACAUUCUAUGGAGGUAGUCAACAGAUUAACAACACAAGUUGAAUUACCACCUGAGUUUAUACAUCUGUAUAUAUCUAACUGUAUAUCAACAUGUGAAACAAUACAAGAUAAAUACAUGCAGAAUAGACUUGUACGUCUUGUCUGUGUAUUUCUACAAUCAUUAAUACGAAACAGAACCAUAGACGUCAGGGAUAUUUUUAUUGAAGUGCAAGCUUUUUGUAUUGAAUUCAGUCGGAUUCGUGAAGCAGCAGCCUUAUUUCGUUUGUUAAAAUCGUUGGACGGAACAGAUCCUCAAGUUAAAUAAUGAUUAUGAACUACUGGAUUUUACAAAAUUGUAGACUUGGAGAUCCAAUAAUCAGUGGAACAAAAUGUGACACCAAUUGUUAAACAUUGAUUUGUUGUAUCAAGCUGAAUAUUAAAAAAUUCUUGAAUACUGGAUGUAAGAACACUUUAAACUUAUCCAGGGAAUGUAAAAGUGACCACACUCAUUCUUAGGCAUGAUGUUUUUGAGGAUGAUCCUGCAACAAGAGGGAAGUUCUUCGGGAAGUUACAUGAAACAAAAACCAUUUGGUGUGUUUACUGAUGAAGUUUUCUGCAUUUAUGUCUUGAUAAUCAAGAACUGUACUGAAAUCCCCAGUUUUCUUGGAGUAGAAUAAAUUUGCUAUGUGUAUUGCAAAUCAUCAUUUUGGAAUUUGAUAAAAAAAAAUUCUGAAGUCAUCCUGAUCAGAAAAUAGUUCUACACCAUUUUAGUUGUUAUAGAAAAACCAUUUAGUGGAUACUAACUCAGUUGUUAUCAUCCAUACUCAUUAAAUAUAUUACACUAUACAAAGUUGUUGUCUUUCAUUAAAAAUGAUCAUACU